GAAAUUCCUGUAUAAAUUCUAGUGUCCGUGCCUGCUUCGGUGUGUGUCAUUGUGUCAGUGAACAGAUUGGCCGUGCGGACGUCGAGUGCCGUGAAUCGCUACAAGAUGCUGUUGUUGAAGGUCGUUGUGCUGUGUGUGGCAUUGACGUCAUGCCUUGCCGCCCCUAAUAUCAAACUCACCAAGAGAAACUUGGAUUUUUUGAAAAAUCCCGACGUGAUCGAGAAGAUGAAGGAGUACCUGCGAAACAAUGGUGGACUAAUGAUCUCAAGAAGUAUAGACGAAGACCUGUACGGAGCUCCACUGACACAUUCACAGAUCAUGGACCUCAUCGAAGAGCACAUUGGCAAGAGAAGCAGCAGCUCUUGGUUUGAAGAAUUCUAUGGCAAACCUCUGACUACCCAACAGGUCUACGAUCAGAUCAUAAAACCUCAAUUGGGUAAAAGAAGCGACCUGUACGGAUCUCCCCUGACACACGCACAGAUCAUGGACCUGGUCAGGCAGCACGGUGAGACGGUCUUCUAGGACUGACACAUUAAU